ACGUAUUAAGUUUUAAUCCAAAAUUUCAGUUAUAUUUCUCCUCUGUUGAGUGAGUUUUUUGGGAGUGGAUUCUCUUAAUUUAUCUCUGUAUCUUAGGUCUUACCAACUUAAGUGGUGAACCUGGCAAUCGAAUUCAUCGUAGUGGGAUUCUAAAUCUCACCAAAAUCGGUGUUUCGGUAUCGGCUCCUACGCCAAACCUCCCCAUGGCUACCUUGUUCAGUUAAUAGGCAAUACACCAAUGGUCUAUCUAAACAACAUUGUGGAUGGUUAUGUGGCUCGUAUUGCUGCCAAGCUAGAGAUGAUGGAACCUUGUUCUAGUGUUAAAGACAGGCAUAGAGACAUCUUCAGAUUGCGUAUAGCAUGAUUAAAGAUGCAGAAGAAAAAGGCUUGAUUACACCAGGAAAGACCGUUCUCAUUGAACCUACGAGUGGCAAUAAUGGUAUUGGAUUGGCAUUUAUAGGUGCAACAAGGGGGUAUAAAGUUAUUGUUGUAAUGCCAUCACACUAUAGUAUUGAGAGAAGAAUUGUUCUCCAAGAAAUUGGACCUGAGGUGUUUCUCACAAAUCCAAUGAAGGGAGUUAAGGGUAUGUAUGCCAAGUGUGAAGAAAUACUGAAUAACACACCUAAUGGAUACAUGCUUCAGCAAUUUGAAAAUCC